AUGACAGAACCGAUUAACAAAGAUGUCGAAAUGGCUGAUGAGGAGUUUGAUGACUCCGAGGAAAACGUUAUUGAUAUGCCAAGUACAACAGAUAGUGUAGCGGAAACCCAGCAGAAGCAAACCAAAGCGGAGAGAUCUAAGCAAAGACAGCAAUCACUAUCAGCGGCAGCAGCCGCUACUGCAGCAGCAGCUUCAUCAUUGAUUCCCGACUUACCUGAUCUCACACGUAAAGACAAAACACUUAAGGAAGUGCUAGAUAUGAUGGAUGAUGAGUUUGCACCAAUAAUACCAGACGCAGUGACCGACUACUAUUUGGCCAAGAACGGAUUCGAGUCUUCUGAUGUGAAAAUUAAAAGGCUUAUAGCAUUGGCAACGCAAAAGUUUAUCAGCGAUAUAGCACAGGACGCUUAUGAAUACAGUAGGAUUAGAAACGCUAGUGCGGUGUACAAUUCUUCCAAUCCUCAAGUGAGAGCAAAACAGCUACUUCAAGGACAACAAUAUGCAAAUCAACAGACACUAGCAAGCAAUGGCAAUGCUGGUGCAGAGAAUCCAGAGCAGCAAUCUUCUCAACAGUCACAUUCAACUGUUGGAAACCAACAGGGCAAAGUUGUGUUGACUAUGGAAGAUCUUAGUAAUGCACUUAGCGAGUAUGGCAUGAAUGCCUCUCGACCAGGGUUCUACAGGUAG